UAAAUUUUUAGAAGGAAAUUUAGAAAAUGAAAGGAAAAUUGAUGAAGAAGAAAAUUGUUAUCAAAAAUGUAAUGAACAAUUAAGAAUGGGGUUAGAUAUGGUUAAGUCCCAUUCAUCAUUUGGAAGUGUUGGAGUACCUUCAGUUAUUGACAAAUUAGAUUUACAAUUAUUUUGUAAUUUAGAUUUAGAACAUGAUAAUUGUUUAAUUGGAAAUUGUGGCUCAUUACGUUGUGGGCCAUAUACAGAAUUAAAAUUAACAUUUAACGGAAUGGGACAACGUUGCAAAACAUUGGCAAUUGUGUGACUUAAAUUGUGCCCAAAGAGUUUUAAAUAAAGAACCUAAAUGUAAAGAAGGAGCCAUUAAAUAUUUAAUUAAAUAUUCUCAAUUACAGGUAUUUAAUUGGUUAAAAGAAAUAUUUGGAAAAGAAAAAAUUUUAAAUUGGCAAAAAUGGCCUAAAACUUGUAGUAAAUUAAUUUGUGGAAAUAUAAUUAAAAGAAGAAGGGAUAUACAAAAUGAAGAAGAAAAUAUUAGUAGAAAUUGUAAUAAUUUAAUUGAAGAAAUGAUA